UCUCCUCUCCCCAGUCUACAGUGUCGGGUGGUGGGACUCGGUGGGGGGAUGUGUACCAGUGGUGUUCCAGCCAGCUCCAGCCAUGGGGUCAGCCGGUUGGGCUCCUCGUAUGCCCUGUGUGCCCUUGGGGUGGGGCUCAUAGCCCUGGGCAUUGUCAUGAUUGUGUGGACAAUGGUUCCCGGGGAUGCUACCCAGACAACCAAGACUCUAGGCAACUCCAGUAUAACAGAGCCAGCAGACCAUGGUGAGGAUGGCGAUGGCGAGGAGGACAAGGAAGCAGCAAAGACCUUAUCAAUAGCCUAUGUGCUGGUGGGGGCAGGGGUGGCCAUGCUGCUACUGUCUAUCUGCCUGGGGGUGAGGAACAAGCGGAGGAAGCACCAGAGAAGACAGGAGACACGGGCCAUAGGAGUCCGCUUCGUGGACCAUGUGGCUGGGGAGGCAGGACAGAAUUUAGAUGAGCCAGUCCCAGUCUACAACGUGCCCAGCUAUGAGGAGGCGGUCACCAGUGGCCAGUUCCCCAUUCGCCAGAGCAACUUACGCCAGAGCAACUCCCAGCUGCCUUCCUACGAGGACCUCAUUAGUGCUGUGGAAAACGAGGCUGAGGGGCCAAGUGCUGCCCCAGUUAAGGAGGCUCAUCCUAGCAGUCCCACUCCUGAGCUCCAGCCCGCCGCUGCAGCCAACCCCCACAGCAGCAGCCGAGCCGGCCGGAUACUACGGCCCAACAGGGUACGCAGAAUCGAGUCUGAGAAACUCCAUCUGAAGGACUUUCGUUUUAACAUUCGCAACCCUACUGAUGCAAAGGUGACCAUUGAACCAAUCACUCCGCCACCACAGUAUGACGACAAGAUGCCUGAGUUCUGACAGCACGCCGCUGCUUAUAACUACAAGUUAACUAUCGAAGAUGUGCCAAAUUAAAUUAUCCAGCUCAGAGAGCCAGCUAUUCAUUUUGUUUGCUAACUUGCUAAGUGGCUAGCUUGCAAGAUCAAGCUUCUUGGUUAUAGCAGACAGUCAAUCCCCUCCUGGAUCAAGAUCCCUGUUACCUACCUAACCCUGCUACCUACAUUUGUUUUGUGCAUCAAAUUUCUAGGAUUUCAAAUUACUUUUUUAUGUUUGGAAAGAACUAGCACCCCUUGUGUGCACUGCCGGUAAUACUGUAUAUCACGGUAUGGUACAGGAAUGGUGUGAAGGUAAGAACCUGGAUACCGCACAACCCUGCCCUACAGGACACACUGCACCAAAUACCCUAGUUUCAGACUCCUAAUGAGCCUUACACCUCUGAAGCCACUUCCAUACCAGUCGAAAUAACUUAUCUCUGAGCUCUCAAAAGCUGUUUUUCCACCAAGUUUUGGAUAAGGGGAAUAAUUGGGUGUUAACACUCUGUGGAGACUAGAGAUUCUGACCGCCAGUGUGACCCUCUCCUUUUUCUCUCCAUAAGCGCACUUGGUUGUUCUUCUUCGGUCUGCUGAUGCAAUC